CGUUUGCGGGCUGCUUUGGGAACCAGCCGCUGCCCCGCCUGUGGCUCCGCCUCCUCCCGGGUGGCGGGAAGUGCUGUCCUCCGAGACGGUUCAGCUCUUUGCCGUGAGGUGCUGCGCGCUGGUCUCCGGCAGGAAGGAACAUGAGUCGAGGACAUCGAAUGAAGUAAAGUGCGAGCCGAAACUUGAAAUCAUAUGGUGUCAUAAACAAUCUCAGCAGAGGAGGAAUGCGGAAGCUCAGUGAAGCCUUCUUUACCCCAGGAACUCAGGAUCCACCACACCGGAGGAGCCAGGUCACAUUUCUCCCAUGGUUCUCAUCAGUUUGUGGAGUAUAGAUCAUCAAUAGAAAAACUCCCGGAGUUGUUCAAGAAAAAACAAGUAAAACUUCAGAAUAGCAGACCAAACUGACAAUAGGCCAGAGAGGAAAGUGGUACGCUUCAGGCAGUAGAGCGGAGCCCUGAAGAAGACAGGCUCGUCUCCUGGCACACAUAUCCAGCUCCUGCUCAUGAUGUCGUCUGGGAUCGGUGUAUUUAGGGCUGGGGUCGCAUUGGUUGUGAUGUGUGGUUUUUCCACGUCAGCCGAAGAUGCCCUCCCAGAACUGAGUCCUGAGCAGUAUUUCAGCACACUGCAGCCAGGAAAAGCCUCCUUAGCUUAUUUUUGUCAAGUUGGUUUGCCAAGUAACUCUGUGUUUCUUGAAGAACUUAAAGAAGCUGUUAGACCUCUCCAGGAUCAUGGAAUUUCUGUCUCAAAGGUUAACUGUGUCGAAGAAGAAGCAUCAAGGUAUUGUGGGAAAGAAGAGGGAUUGAUGAAAGCGUAUUUAUUCAGGGGCAGCAUACUGCUCAGAGAAUUCCCCACUGACACCUUAUUUGACGUGGACGCCAUUGUUGCACACGUUCUCUUUGCUCUGCUUUUUAAUGAAGUAAAAUAUGUUACCAUCCUGGAAGACCUUCACAACAUAGAAAACUCUCUGAAAGGAAAAGCCAAUAUGAUAUUCUCAUAUGUGGAAGCCAUCGGAACACCAGAGCACAGAGCCGUCAUGGAAGCCGCUUUUGUGUAUGGGACCUCGUAUCAGUUUGCCUUAACCACAGAAGUUGCUCUUUUAGAAGAUAUUGGCUCUGAGGAUAUAGGGCGUGCACAUCUUUACUUUUGCCAUUGUGAGCUGGCCUUGGACUUGACUGAGCGCUGUAGAAGAACACUAAUGGAACAGCCGUUGACCACACUGAAUAUUCACAUAUUUGUUAAGACAAUGAAAGCACCUCUGUUGAUGGAAGUAGCUGAAGAUCCUCAGCAAGUUUCAACCAUUCAUCUACAACUAGGAUUGCCGCUGGUUUUUAUUAUCAGCCGACAAGCUACAUACGAAGCUGAUCGAAGAACUGCAGAGUGGGUGGCGUGGCGUCUUCUGGGGAAAGCCGGAGUUUUGCUCUUGUCAAGAGAUUCCAUGGACAUGAACAUUCCUCAGUAUGCUAAUGUGGCCUUCAGAAGAGCAGAGAAGGAAGUGCCUGUGGAAUUUCUGUCGUUAAGUGAUGCUGAUUUAAUAGUUUCUCAUGUGAAAAAUAAUAUGCACAUUGAAGAAAUCCAGGAAGAUGAAGACGGAGAUGAGGAGGGCCCAGAUCUGGCUAUUCAAGAUGAUGAAGUGGCGGAGACUGUUUACAGAGAUAGGAAGAGACGGUUACCUUUGGAGCUGACAGUGGAGUUAACACAGGAAACAUUUAACUCGACAGUCAUGACUUCGGACAGCUUAGUGCUCUUCUAUGCUACUUGGCAUGCAGUGUCCAUGGCAUUUCUGCAGUCCUACAUUGAUGUGGCAAUUAAAUUGAAAGGCACAUCCACCAUCCUUCUCACUAGGAUAAACUGUGCAGAUUGGUCUGAUGUAUGUACGAAGCAAAAUGUCACUGCAUUUCCUGCGGUAAAGUUGUAUAAAGAAGGCGAGAGCCCAGUGUCUUAUGCGGGCAUGUUGGGAACUAAAGAUCUCCUGAAGUUCAUUCAGAUAAACAGGAUUUCCUGCCCAGUGAAUAUAGCAUCCAUUCAAGAAGCAGAAAAAUACUUACAUGGGGAGUUAUAUAAAGACCUGUUCAGUUUUACAAGUGUGUCAGUACUGGGGCUCUUUAGUCCAGCCAUGAUAUCAGCAAAAGAACAUUUCAGGGAAGUGGGAAAGCAGCUGAGAGGCUCUGUCGUCACAGGAGUUUAUUCUGAGGAUGACGUUUGGAUACUGUCAAAUAAAUAUGGUGCACCUCUCCCAGCCAUGCUGCUGGCCAGACCCAGAGAAGGCAGAAUAGAGAGUGUCCCAUUAGCCAGCACCUCAAUGCAAGACAUGGCUCAGAUCCUAGCAAAUGCACCACUGGAAGCAUUUCCAGAAAUCAUUGUGGAAAAUCUUCCCGCAUAUUUAAGACUUCAGAGACCAUUGCUUAUCUUGUUCAGUGAUGGCAGCAUAAACCCUCAGUAUAGGAACAUAGUUCUGGCACUGAUGAGACAGAAGCAGUUGGAUUCGUUUACCCCUUGCUGGCUAAAUUUAAAGAAUACUCCAGUGGGGGGGGGAAUCUUGAAGGCAUAUUUUGGUUCUCUUCCCCCACUUCCUCAGCUGCUUUUGGUGAAUCUGCAUUCAGGAGGCCAAGUGUAUGCAUUUCCUUCACCUCAGUCUAUAACGGAACAAAACCUGAGAUUGUGGCUUAGAAAAUUGGGAGCGGGCCUAGAAAAUCCUAUCACAACUUUAUCUGCUCAGGAAUGGAAACCUCCUCUUCCAGCUUUUGAUUUUCUAAGUAUGAUGGAUGCUCCUAUGUCUCAGCCUCCCACAAAGAAAGUUCUGGAGUGUAUGAAAGAAAAGGGGGUGCAGGAGAGUGCUGAGCAGCCCCAGGGAGCUCCGUCGACAACCAGAAGAGGACCAGCUGAAGUGCUCAGAAUAAAGCACUGGAACAAGAGUAACUGGCCGAGGGAAGCAGAGGAGUCUUCGCGGCACCACAAGGAGUUAUAAUCGGACCUCCUGACCCCUCUCUGUGGCUCAAGAAACUCAAGGUUCAUUCUGUUAAGAAUAAUACUAACCCAUGUCAAGUCUAGACAAGCGCCAUUCAGUGGGUUGUGCUACAAAUAACAUACAUAAAGUUUCUUAGUAGCUACACUUUAAAACCAUAAAAUGAGCAGGUAAAAUGGAUUUAAAAUGUAUUUCAUCCGGUAAGUAAACUCAGAUAGCUUUAUAUAAGAAUGUUGAGAGAUUUACUUUUUUCACAUGAAUUCUUCAAGAUGCAGUGCGUUUUGUACUUAAUGCCAUUGCUCACUAUAGAGAGCUAUGUUUCGAGUGCUUACUUGUCCCAGCUGGUACAUGACUGUUGUACUGGGCAACUCCUAGCAGACAAACACCAGGGUCGUUCUCCUAGUUCUAGCCGUGACGUGUAUUUAAAUCAGAACUGGGAUGUAGCUCUACUGAAUCACCAUUGACUCUACAGUGAAAUCAUAGCUAGCAGUUGUAUUUAUUUUCUUGUAGUCAUGCUAAAACCAUUGCUUUUCAGUUCUGCUCAUAGGGAUAUUUGUCAAUGUGAAGAGACAGUUUUAGUAUCAUAACUUAGGGAGGUUGGGGUGCUCUUCAGCACUUUGCACUGGAUAGCUUCCCCCAUCAAAGAAUUGUCUUUCCCAUAGUGCCAGGAGUGCCAAGGCUUCAUAAUCCUGUAUCAUGUAGCACAGUGGAUCCCAAUAUCUUCUUAAUCUGCCCAGUUACUAUGGUAUAUUAAAAAUUAGUGGCUGUCUUAAUGCUGAUUAUUAAAAAUUAAUUUCUUAAAGGUUUAUUUAUUUGUAUUUUAUGAGUACGAGUGGUUGGCCUGCAUGCACAUAAAUGCCCUACAUGCAUGCCUGUUGCCCACAGAGGUCAGAAGAGGGCAUUGGAUCCCUGGGGACUGGAGUUAUGGAUAGUUGUGAGUUGCCAUGUUGAUACUGGGAACCAAACUGAGUUCCUCUUCAAGAACAGCCAGUGCUUUUACCUGCUGAACCAUUUCUCCAGCCCCAAUUUUUAUACUUUCUAGAAGCAAUAAAAUUCCACAAAAGCUGGGCGGUGGUGGCGCACGCCUUUAAUCCCAGCACUCGGGAGGCAGAGGCAGGUGGAUUUCUGUGAGUUCUAGGCCAGCCUGGUCUACAAGAGCAAGUUCCAGAAUAGGCUCCAAAAGCUACAAAGAAACCCUGUCUAGAAAAAUUUUUAAAAAAAGUUUCCACAAAAGGAUGUAGGAUAUAUGUAAAAUUGUGUGUGAAUCUCUGUAUUUAUCCAUAAAAAUGCACUUUAUUCUCUGUGUGCAUCUCUUUGUGAACAUAUGCAUGCACUUUAAAUCUCUUGCAACUUCCUGUAUAUUUCUGUAUCUAUCUAUCUAUCUAUCUAUCUAUCUAUCUAUCUAUCUACAUAUAUACACACACUUGCAUUAUAAGGUAGUCUUAAAUGACCUCUUAUCUCUCUAAAUUAGAUUGCUAAGGUUCAGAUUAAACAAAUUAAAUAUUCUGCCACCAUCUUCUAUCAAGAAAAGAGACUGCCUUGUCUGAGUCAUGCCUGAAAUCUACCCUUCUUAGUUCUUAGCCUGGGACAGAGCAUCUGGUCUUCUCUGGGCUAUAAGACUUGCCUUUAUGAUGAGAGUACAGGAUUAUACAACAGUUCAUUGUUCAUCUGAAACCACACACCAUUGGGCUGAUGUGUUUGUUGUGGAUCUGGCUCGCUGUUACACUGCACAUUCUCUGAGGUGUUUGUUGAAAACAGGAAUCAGUGACCGGUUGUAUUUCUCUUCGUGGGUUAUCUUGUUUGUUACAUUUUCUAAAUGUAUCACUUACACAGUACAAAUGAGUUUCAUAACUUGAAUUUCACAGUUAAGUUUCAAUAAACCUGUACAGUGU